AUAAAUGAAGUGUCCCCUUUCCGGUCGCCUUGUGCCUUUCUCCCCCUCCAAGUAAACUCCGUUUCCCACUGCUCCGACGCGCCGCCGAUUCGCCAGCCAUGGUGACCGUAAGUGUGAAAUGGCAGAAGCAGGUCUUUUCAGACAUAGAGAUUGACACCAGCCAGUCUCCCUUCGUUUUCAAGGCCCAGUUGUACGCACUGACUGGUGUACCCCCAGAACGGCAAAAAAUUAUGGUGAAGGGUGGAAUAUUGAAGGAUGAUGCAGAUUGGUCUACUUUGGCAGUGAAAAAUGGUCAAAAGUUGAUGAUGAUAGGUACGGCUGAUGAGAUUGUGAGAGCUCCAGAGAAAAGUCCAGUGUUCGUUGAAGAUCUACCAGAAGAAGAGCAAGCUGCUGCAUUGGGGCACAGUGCUGGUCUCUAUAACCUGGGGAAUACAUGUUACAUGAAUUCCACUUUGCAAUGUCUGCAUUCUGUUCCAGAGCUAAAGUCAGCAUUACUGAGUUACUCAGAUAAUGUGAGAGGUACUGGUGUGGAUCAAACUUCCCAUAGUUUAACAGUUGCUACCCGUAAUACUUUUGGAGAGCUUGAUCAAAGCGUUCGACCAGUUGCACCUCUACACUUCUUACAGAUGCUGCGGAAAAAAUACCCCCAGUUUGCCCAGCAGCAAAAUAAUGUUUACAUGCAACAGGAUGCGGAAGAAUGCUGGACGCAGUUGGUGUACACACUUUCUCAAACUCUUACAUCAGAAGCAAGUGAACCUACUGCCAGUCAGAUGAAAGAGCUUUUUGGGAUUGAUCUUGUGAGCAGGGUACACUGUGCAGAAAGCGGUGAGGAGAGUUCAGAGGCAGAGUCAGUUUAUUCUCUGAAGUGCCAUAUAUCUCAUGAUGUGAACCACCUUCAUGAAGGACUGAAGCAUGGUUUGAAGACAGAACUUGAGAAAGUUUCGCCAUCACUUGGUCGAACUGCUGUUUACACAAGAGAGUCAAGAAUAAACGACUUGCCUAGGUACUUGACUGUGCAGUUUGUUCGAUUCUUUUGGAAAAGGGAGUCAAACCAAAAGGCAAAGAUUUUACGUAAAGUGGAUUAUCCCCUGGAACUUGAUGUAUACGACUUCUGCUCAGAUGAACUGAAACAAAAGCUCCAGGCUCCUCGACAGGUGAUGAGAGAUGCAGAAAAUGCCAAGUUUGGUUUGAAAGUACAGGGGAAAACAAACAGCUUAAAAGAUAUCGAGGGCUCAUCAACUAGUGCCGGAGAAUCAUCUAGCAUGGACAUUGACAAAGCUGAUUCUUCUAUACCAAAGAAACAAAUAACUGGGGUCUAUGAUUUAAUUGCUGUCUUGACGCACAAAGGAAGAAGUGCAGAUUCUGGCCACUACGUUGGCUGGGUUAAGCAAGAUGACGGAAAAUGGAUCGAGUUUGAUGAUGACAACCCAAGCAUACGCAAGGAAGAGGAGAUUUUGAAACUAUCGGGCGGAGGUGACUGGCACAUGGCUUACAUCUGCCUGUACAAAGCUCGUGUUAUCUGAACCUAGGAGCUGAGAAAGUUUAUGUGCUGAAUUUGCUCUACAUUUUCAAGUCGCGUAUACAUUUGCUUGUUCUUCUGCCACAUGAGGGCAUGUUUUGAUGAUUUGUCCACUUUGCUUCAAACGGAGGAGUCAUCGGUGUUAAUUGGGAUGUGUACUUAUUCAAAAGUCAUCUCGAGUAUUUACCAGCAGUCAACAAAUAUAGAGCAAAGUUGUUUUGAAGCUUAUUAUAUUUGACAGUUAAGAUA